GUGGCAGGAAUCGGAUGAUCGAAAGAACGCAAGAAAUUAUCUCAUUCCAAUGAAAAGUCUCUCAUCGAUAAUGUGGGCAACAAGUAAUAAAUUCUCCUUUAGUUUAGGAAAAAAGCUUUUAAAUAAUGUGAGAAAAAAGUUAGUGAUCAAGUCAAAUAUGCUAACUUCAAGUUAUUCUACAAGCACAAAACCUGGUCAUACGAUUAAGGAAGGAAAAGUCAAUGUCGAUGGCAUUGACAUCAACUGUGUUCAGGUUGGUGCUGGAGAACAUCCGGUUCUGUUGCUACCAGGUGUAAUGGGAACAUGCUGGACGGACUUUAAACCGCAAAUAGAAAAUUUUCCCAGGGACAAAUUUAAAAUCGUAGCAUGGGAUCCCCCGGGUUAUGGAAAAUCCAGACCACCUGAUCGAAAAUUUCCGGAAGAUUUUUUUCAACGAGAUGCUGAAUGGGGAAACAAUUUAAUGAAAACACUCGGUCAUUCAACAUUUUCGUUGCUCGGCUGGAGCGAUGGUGGCAUAACGGCUCUGAUUCUCGCUUCCAAGUUUUCGGAAAAUGUUCGGAAAAUGAUCGUGGUGGGUGCCAACGCCUAUGUUUUGCCGGAUGAAUUGAAAAUGUAUGAGAAGAUCAGAAACAUCGAUUCUUGGUCGGCCCGAAUGAAAGAACCUCUUUUGGCUAUAUACGGUGAAGAUUAUUUUAGAAAAACCUGGGCAGCCUGGAUAGAUUCAAUAACAGAAAUUUAUAAAAAAAAUAAUGGUGAUAUUUGCAAAAAUGACGUCGCCAGAAUUAAGUGUCCGACUUUAAUUGUCCAUGGGAAGAAGGAUGUUAUGGUCGACUUUGAACACCCGUUUUAUUUAAACAAGCAUAUAAAAAAUUCGCAAACCAGGAUUUUUGAACAAGGAGCUCACAAUUUGCACUUGAGAUACCCAGAGGAAUUUAAUAAAUUGGCAACAGACUUUUUUAUGGAGAAAUCCAAGAUUUAAAAAUCUUCAUUUGAGGGGCAAAUUCAGAGAAGAGAAUUAUGAUUUUUUUUACCAAUGUUUUGUCAUUUUCAUAAUUUUUUUCGCGUUUUGAA